AUGGCGUUUCCUUUCCCUCAGGGGUGGGCACGGCCCAAAGUGAAGCUCUACGAGGGAGACACCGACCCGCAGGAACACGUGAACUUCUUCGUGGGCGCGAUGCAGUAUGCUGGGGCCAGCGACCCUUUAUACUGCCGAUGCUUCCCCAUGAGCCUUGGAAAAGGACCCAUGAACUGCAUACCGAAGACCGCACAAACUUUGGCCUUGGUUAAGCAAAAAGAGAAGGAGUCUCUGAAGGCAUUUCUCAAUAGGUUCAACAAAGAGGCCGGUGAUAUCACCGGUCUUCUCCCCGACACUAGGUUGGUCCUGGCUACCGCAGCUCUUGCACCAGGAUCGUUCCUGACCUCGCUAGACGGCAAGCCAGCCAACACCCUAGAGGAAUUUCUAGCCCGAGCAGAGAAAUUCAUAAACAUGGAGGAUGCCGCGACCCUAAGAGCCGCGAGUCAGACACUCGCGAUCAAAGGACCGCAGAAGAUGAUGGAACAUAAGGACCAGCCUUCGACCCGGGAGUCCCGACGGAAGGGUCAGGACGAACGGAAGUCGAAGCGGAAGAAGUAUGAUAGUUAUACCCCACUGAACUCCUCCCUCUCACGUAUCCUGAGGGAGAAAGCCUCCACCGACCUUAGAGACCGUCCCCCCCCACUCCUGACGAGAGGGGACAAGCUGGACUCCAAGAGAUUUUGUGAGUUCCACGACAGCCCGGGCCACAACACUGACGAGUGCCUGAACCUCAAGGACAAGGUGGAGGAACUAAUCAGAGCAGGAAGACUGUCCAGGUAUGUAGCUGUGUCGACGAGGGCCCUCCAACGCCCGCGCUCGCCACCCCCAAGGCGGACAUCUACCCCGCCAAGACACCGAGACCGGACUCCUCCUAAACGCCGAUCGGUAGAUCGUCGAGACAGGACUCCACCGCGUCGCCAGAGUCCCGAGCGUCGCGGACGAAGCCGAGAACGGAGAAGAAGCCCCGACCGCCACGGCCGGGAUGAAGUCAGGAGACAGCAUGGAAGCAAUCUAGUCAGCGUCGGUUCAAUAGCAGGAGGAUGGGCCGCAGGCGGACCCACCAACAACAGCCGGAAAAGGAGUACCCGCGUCAUCAUGUCCGCGGCUGGAAGGCCCCGACCAGGGUCCCUCCAACCCCCGAGGCAGAAGGUGGCCAUUACCUUCACGGAGGACGAUUACGGCGAGGACACCGGCGAAGAAGAUGACCCCAUCGUCAUUGAAGCCCUGAUCGGCAACGGUAAGAUCCGAAGGACACUCAUCGAUACAGGUAGUUCCGCUGACAUUAUGUUUUACGAUGCUUACAAGAGCUUAGGGCUAUCGGUGAAGGACCUGCUCCCCUACGACCAUGAUUUGGUCGGGUUCACAGGGGACAGAGUCCUACCCUUAGGAUAUUUUGAUACUUGCCUUUCCAUGGGAGAUCACAGAAUUUGCAGGACUAUAAAAGCUCGCUUUCUGGUGGUGGAGUGUCCAACAGUGUACAACGCCAUUCUUGGCAGGCCAAGCCUCAACACUUUUAGGGCGAUCAUAUCCACCCACCACCUAAUGCUUAAGUACCCCUGGGCAGGAAGGGCGGUACCAGUACGCGACAACCUAGAAAUGGCAGGGAGCUGCUACAACUCUAGCUACAGACUGGCCAGGGAGGAAAGGAAGAGAAAGAAGUCCAAAGCGCACGACCAGCAGGGCAACUUUCACGUUCAACACACCAUUCUCAUGACCGACCUCGACCCCCGCGUGGACCAGUCUAGAGACGAUCAACGCCUCAAACCCGAUGGGGAGUCCCACCCCAUCCAGGUCGGUCCCCUUCCAGAGAACACCACCAACAUAGCUCGGGGCCUACCCCGAGACCUCUCCAAACGGAUGGAAAAGUUACUACUUUCCAAUGGGAAGCUGUUUGCCUGGUUGUCAGCAGAUAUGCCUGGCAUCGACCCCGCUUUCUGCAGCCAUAGACUUUCCGUCGACCGGAAGUUCAAACCAGUCGCUGAGAAGAAAAGGCAAAUGAGCGCCGAGAAGCAGCAGGUUAUCCAGCAACAGACCACAGAGUUGCUUCAGGCCGGGAUCAUUCGGGAGGUCAAGUACACAACCUGGCUCUCCAAUGUGGUCUUGGUCAAGAAGGCAAACGGGAAGUGGCGCAUGUGCUUCGACUACACUGACCUCAACAAGGCUUGCCCCAAGGACCCGUUUCCCCUACCGAGCAUUGAUGCGCUGGUAGACAACUCCUCGGGGUACGAAUACCUCUCUCUAAUGGAUGCUUAUUGCUACAACCAGAUUCCCAUGCAUAGGGACGAUGAGGAGAAAACUGCUUUCAUCAUCGACCGGGGCACCUACUGUUACACUAUGCUGCCUUUCGGCCUCAAGAACGCAGUGGCAACCUACCAAAGGAUGAUGACCCGAAUCUUCGGGGACCUGAUGGGAAAAUCGGUCGAAGUCUACAUCGAUGAUAUCAUAGUCAAGACCCCGAAGGGAGGAGACCACGCAGCUGACCUCGCAGUCGUUUUCGAGCAGUUAAAGAAGCACAACAUGCGCCUCAACCCCGACAAGUGUACUUUUGGCGUUCGAAGCGGGAAGUUUCUGGGAUAUAUGCUCACCAACCGCGGCAUUGAGUUGAACCCUGACAAAUGUCAGGCGAUCAUGAAUAUGAAGAGCCCGCGCACGGUCAAAGAAGUCCAAUAG